UUUUUUUUUCUACUUCCCCCCCUUAUCGAGUACAACGGUCUGAAACGGCAUUGCCCUUUUUUCGUUCAACCCGGGAAAUCUCUCAUACUGUGCUGCGGCUUCCCUAUCAGCAUUUCACCCAAGGUCCACUCCAUUCCGAUAAUCCACUGGGGGACCGGCCCUCGCAAGGUACCAUCGAGUCAACUAUCCAUACCGAAUUGUCAAUAGUUCCGUCUCGUGGAUGAGACGAGUCUCACCGCCAUCCAUGACUCAAAGCACCGCUCACACCCUCCAUCCCUCUCCCUUCUCCUCCUCUCAUCAUCACCAACACCGCCGCACUCCGUCUAAUGGUUCCAAGUUGAGAGCUGUCCGGCCCGCUCUACAUCGACGAGGCACAACAAAUUACUCUAUUCACAAGCUGGGUUCCGGUCAGGCAAAGCAAUCGGUCAGUGUUGACGACGAUUGCGAGUCGGAAAUGGCGGCCAGCUUUCUCAAUUUCUGCGCCAUGUGCGAGAGACAGAUUACUGUACCGGACAAUUCUCUUCUGUACUGUAGUGAACGCUGCCGCCGCAAAGACUCUUGCAAACCAUUGUCGGCUUCUUGCCCCUCUACUGCCUCCAUGCCUCUCUCUACCUCGCCUCCGACCUCUCCUCCCAUGUCGCCGCGGGCCAUCGUGGCUCCCAUGACACCCACCCGCAAGCCCAGUGCUGUCAUCCGGAUACCCGGCGAACACCACGAUGCCAAGACAGAUCUUGAUCCAAGUGAAUGGAAGCCGGUAAUACCAACGGGCUCGGUGCCCAAUGGUCUCAGCACCUUGGCGACAUCCGAAGCUUGGAAUUACCUGUCUCAGUUCCACGAUGAGCCUAUGGCGCCCACGCGUCGACCUCGUGCCAUCCACCGCACUUCGACGACUAGCUUGUCCGCGUUGAGUGCACCGAGUAUGUCCGGGAUCGCUCUGCCGGCGUUGACCAGUACUCCGUCCACGGUCGCUUCGUCCUUUAGUAGCAACGCGUCAGAGGGAUUGUUGCACGAGCCGAUUCAUCAUCGUCCGUUGCCACCUCGCCAUAGCAGCUCCAGUGUUACCAAGGGUGUGCAGCUUGUGGUACCCCAUGUGAAGACUUCGGCCGAGGAUGUCACGGCGCCUGACAUGUCGGAUCACGGGUCGAUCUUCCCCGCCAGUAGUUCCAUCUGGAAUGGAUCCGACAAGACUCUGACAAGAGCUUGAUUUCUCUUAUGUUUACUAUCUUUAUUUGUUUCACGAGCCGGAUGGACACACGGAUGAGGAUAUCACGAUUGACUGAUGACUUGACGGGCAUGUUUUUUUUUUUUUUUUUUUUU